UUAACCAUAACCUUAGAAAAAAAGUAUGUUUAUUAAUUUUUUCAUAUUGUAUGAUAUUGUGAGUGCAUAUCUUUUUGUAUAAUUUAUAUUUGAAUGCACCAAGUCUAAACGAUUCAAUAGGACUACAAAAAUUAGUAAUUAUGGCAAAUGAAAAAAUUGGAUCACUUGAAGAGGAAGCACUUAAACGAAAGGAGAGACUAGCAGCAUUGAAACAGAAAACUCAAGAAAGCAAUCAAAAUAAUCAACAACAAAAUGACACAUUGCCCAAACCAAAGUUUAGAAGUUAUAAGCCACAAGAUGAAAGCUUAAAAGAGAAUAUUUUGGAUGAAGCAAAACCAGGUGAUAUUAUAUCAGAAGUUCAAGAACAACUUGAUGCAUCAAAAACAAAAUUUACUGUAGAAGAAUUAGAAAUUGGUAAUUUAGCACCUCGUAAACCAGACUGGGAUUUAAAACGUAAUGUUGCAAAAAAAUUGGAAAAAUUAGAAAGACGAACACAAAAAUCAAUUGCAGAACUUAUCAGAAAAAGGCUAGAGCCAAAUCAAGAUGAUCUUCCACAAAUAACAGAAUAAAUCAUUGUUAAUUUAAAGAAAAAUUUAUAUAAUAAUAAUAAACAAUAAAAAAUAUUUAAUAACGCUA